UUGUAGUGACUUCUGGAGCUCAACAAGACUUUCUGUCAUAUCGCUCAGUCCCUGGCAUUCAUAUCUGUCCUCUGGACAGCACGACGUCUGGACUUGGCUGACUCGCAAGCGCAGCUAUGUGCAGCUGUGUGCGGAGCUCCAGGGCUCUGUCCCCCGUCCUGCUCCCCAGGCUGAUGCUUCCUCCGACGGGGUACAGACUGGCCUCCAGGGGCCUCUCGACUUCCCCGCACUGUCUGGCUGUCAGUCCGGACUCCCAGCCGCUCCCCCUGCCCGGCCAGGCCCGCGUGGUGAUCUGCGGAGGAGGUAUUGUGGGGUCAUCAGUAGCCUUCCACCUUGCCAAAAUGGGCUGGACCGAUAUAGUGCUGCUGGAACAGGGCAGGCUCGGUGCAGGAACAACCAGACUGUGUGCCGGCAUUGUCAGCGUGGCCAAGCCUAUUCCCAUCGAGUGUCAAAUGGCAAACUAUUCCAAUCAUCUUUACAAGCACCUGGAGGAGGAGACUGGAGUCAAAACAGGCUAUGUGAAGACGGGCUCUCUUUGUCUGGCCCAAAAUCAAGAUCGCUUCCUCUCGCUGAAGCGCCUGGCAUCCCGGCUAAAGGUAAUGGGGAUCAGCUGUAACAUCAUUAAGCCUAAAGAAGUGGCCAAACUCCACCCUCUUGUUAACAUUCAUGACCUGGUGGGGGCGCUCCACCUCCCUGCAGACGCUGUGGUGUCUUCGCCUGAUGUUAACCACGCCCUGGCUGUGGCUGCUGCUGCACAUGGGGUUCAGAUCCUGGAUAGAACCACGGUUCAGCAGGUGCUGGUGGAGAAGGGUCAAGUGACGGCGGUGGAGACCGAUCGUGGCUCUAUCGAGUGUGAAUAUUUUGUCAACUGUGCUGGACAGUGGGCUUACGAGCUGGGCCAGGCAAGUGAGGCGAAGGUGUCGAUUCCUCUUCAUGGCUGUGAACACUUCUACCUCCUCACGAAACCUCUCCAGGAGCCACUUCCAUCCAGCACGCCAGUUGUGAUCGAUAUGGACGGCAGGAUAUAUGCACGGCCAUGGCAGGGUGGCCUUCUGUCGGGGGGCUUUGAGAAGAACCCCAAACCCAUCUUCACCGAGGGCCGCAACCAGCUGGAGAUCCAGAACAUGCAGGAGGACUGGGACCACUUCGAGCCGAUGCUCGGGGCCUUGCUGAGGAGAAUGCCGAGUCUUGAAUCAGCUGAGAUCCAUCAGCUGGUCAACUGUCCGGAGUCCUUCACGCCUGAUAUGCGCUGCCUGAUGGGGGAGAUGCCGGCUGUCUGUGGCUACUACGUGCUGGCAGGCAUGAACUCCUCUGGCCUGGCCUUUGCUGGAGGAGCUGGAAAGUACCUGGCAGAGUGGAUGACCUACGGCUACCCCACUGCCAAUGUCUGGCCCCUGGACAUCAAGCGCUUUGGCAACCUGCAGAGCAGCCGAACCUUCCUGCGACACAGAGUCAUGGAGGUCAUGCCCCUGCUGUACGAACUCAAGGUUCCGCGCUGGGACUUUCAGACUGGCCGUCAGCUGCGGACCAGCCCUCUGUAUGACCGACUGGACACCCAGGGAGCUCGCUGGAUGGAGAAACAUGGUUUUGAGAGGCCCAAAUACUUUGUUCCUCACGGUAAAGAUUUGCUGUCUCUGGACCAGAGUAAGACUUUCUACAAGCCGGACUGGUUUGACAUUGUUGCAGCAGAAGUGAAAUGCUGCAAAGAGGCUGUCUGUGUCAUCGACAUGUCCUCCUUCACCAAGUUCGAGCUGACUUCGAUGAAUAGCCAGGCGCUGGACCUGCUGCAACAUCUGUGUGCCAACGACCUGGACGUCCCCGUUGGACAUAUCGUCCACACCGGUAUGCUCAAUGAGAGAGGAGGCUAUGAGAACGACUGCAGCAUUGCCCGCAUCAGCAAGAACAACUACUUCAUCGUCUCUCCGACAGACCAGCAGGUCCACUGUUGGUCCUGGAUAAAGAAACACAUGCCCAGCGACCCACACCUCCACUUGGAGGAUGUCAGCUGGAAGUACACUGCUUUAAAUCUGAUUGGACCUCGUGCCAUGGAUGUUCUGGCUGAGCUGUCUUAUGUUUCCAUGACACCGGACCAUUUCCCCUCCAUGUUCUGUAAGGAGAUGAGCGUUGGCUAUGCCAAUGGGAUCCGAGUGAUGAGUAUGACUCACACUGGAGAGCCAGGGUUCAUGCUCUACAUACCUAUAGAGUAUGCGCUGCACGUGUACAACGAGGUGAUGUCGGUGGGUCAGAAGUACGGGAUCCGCAACGCAGGCUACUACGCGCUGCGCAGCCUGCGCAUCGAGAAGUUCUUUGCCUUCUGGGGUCAGGACCUCGACGCCUUCACCACCCCGCUGCAGUGUGGUCGAGAGUUCAGGGUUAAAUUUGACAAGGACAUAGAUUUCCUUGGUCGCGAGGCCCUGCUGCAGCAGCGUCAAGACGGGGUGUCCCGGCGAUUCGUCAUGCUGGUCCUCGAGGACCACGACACCGAGCUGGACCUGUGGCCGUGGUGGGGCGAGCCCAUCUACCGCAAUGGCCUGCUGGCCGGGACGACCACCAGCAGCGCCUACAGCUACACCCUGGAGCGCCACGUCUGCCUCGGUUUCGUGUCGCCGCCUCCGGGCCCGGAGGGGCUCCCCACGCCCAUCACCCCUGAUUUCAUCAACCGCGGGGACUACGAGGUGGACAUCGCCGGCCAGCGCUACCCGGCCAAAGCCAAACUCUACCCCUUCAGCUCACUCUUCACCCAACAAAAACGCAGCAAAGAGGACAUGGAUAUCAGCACCCUCCAGGGGAAGUGAUCCAGAGUACUGGAAGGCCUCAGGUAUCCUCAGCAGGGGCCUCUGCGACACUCCUCCUGUCCUUCAGUCCACUCCUACCCGGCAGUGCCAACCGAUAGGCCCUUCCACGUCUUGUAAACCGAGGGCUGUAUGCACAAUCACUCCUUAUCUUUCUAGUAUCUAGCUCCCAUGCUGCGUCUCAUUUAUACUUAUUUAUUUUCAAAAGUGCAAUACUUAAGAGGCACCAAAAGUUUGAGCUGUUUUUAAAAUGCAACACUGCGACAGCACUCGUGUGUUGUUGCCCGGCCUCGCACUCGUAACCCGGCCUGCGCCGGUCAAGUGCCUUUGUCAAGGCAGCGUCGACCAUAUUGGUUGAUGACACUUUUUUCACUUGCACCCAUCGAGUGGGAAUUUACACAGAAAGCCGCAUCCAGCAGCGGUCCGGCUACUGUGACGGUCCCACGCCACGCAGUCUGGCCCAGUCUUAGAAACAGAAAUGGCGUUGGAUGCUGACGUGCCCCUCCAGUCGUUUCACUUGUCCGUUCACAAGUUGUAAAUCUGCUGCUGUAAAGAAUGCGAGUCGUGAGUUGUAGAGGCCCAAUUCAGAGGCUUCAUCCUUUCCAUCAUCCCCGCUACAUCGGCCUUCUCAGUCGGGGGGAAAAGAUCAGGCAGCCUGUGAAAAAUUGUUCGACCACAAAUCUUUACUCCUCUUGAAGUGUAAAAGUCUGCUCGAAGCAAAAUGAGCUUUUUGUUCACCCGACUUCGUUGUUCUCAUCACCUUCCAGCUGUCCUGCUGUGUGGAGCUUGUGACGCUAUUCACCGCAAUAUAAUCCGUUAUUUAUGUUUUGUGGUCGUUUUCCUGCUCUCUCGAUGUUCAAGAUGUCGAAUGAGCUGCAGUGAGGGAAAGCUACCAACGUGUUGGUUUGAGUCCACAAUAUCUUACAUUAGUCAUUUGAUUGUUGUUGUUUUUUGUUGCUAGACCCCGAGUUAAGAUGUUUGUGUAAAAGGACUUCAGUGCGAUAUAAAAUAAAACAAAUAUUUUUGUAACUGUA